AAGUUCGCGUCCCUCCCAUCGGCCGUGACAGCGAGCCCACCACAUUCAAUGAAACGCGCUGUAAUGUUUGAGUGGAGCGCGGCGGCUCCCACUUGCAGUGAUUGAACGUGGAGUUGCGUGUCGCCUCGUCUGUCCGAACCGUGUGCGGUCUCCGUUCUUUGUCCCGCCAUGUCUGUUGCAACCAAGGUGUUAAAACUCGUGGUGGCAGCUGGAGUCCUGGUGCUGGUCGUUCAGUACUUGAAGUACUGGAUGGCGAACAAACAGUACGUGUUCAACAAGGAAGAUGUGGCCAAACUGGCCAAGCAGUACGCAGGCCAGGACCAGGAACAGGCCUUCUCCAAAGUGGUGGUGGCGCUGCGCAGGAAGUACCCGGGUCACAUCCUGCCGGACGAGGACCUUCAGUGGGUGUUUGUGAACGCGGGGGGGUGGAUGGGCUCCAUGUGUCUCCUCCACGCUUCACUGACUGAGUACGUCCUUCUGUUUGGCACGGCAGUGGACACCAGCGGCCACUCUGGUCGCUACUGGGCAGAAAUAUCAGAUACUGUCAUCUCUGGGACAUUUCGACAAUGGAAGGAGGGCACAACAAAGAGUGAAGUGUAUUAUCCUGGGGACACGAUCGUACACGCGGUGGGAGAAGCCACAUCCGUGCAGUGGAGCGCAGGAACCUGGAUGGUGGAGUACGGCAGGGGCUUCAUCCCCUCCACACUGGGCUUUGCUCUGGCUGACACAGUGUUCAGCACACAGGACUUCCUCACCGUGUUCUACACCGUGCGGGUCUAUAUGAAGGCCUUGGUCCUGGAAGCCGGCACUGCACUCACCCAGUCAGGGCUUUUGUGAGCCCAUUCAGUCCGUCCAUCCUCCGUCCUUCAACAUCGCACCACUGAAAUAAGUUCACUUUCCCAAAGAGUUUUAAAUGUCAAAACAAUUUCAAAAUCAGAAUUUUUUUUUUUUGAGAACCCAGAAGAGCAGUUCAGUCUGUCCGAUGAAACGUCUGAAUCUGGAAUCUGGGUUUUGGCAACAAAGAACCCCAGCAGUGCUGUGAGACUUAACCCGUUUAUCCGUUGUCAUAGACCAGAUAUUCUUCAUCUGCUGGCGUGACCUCUUGGGAAUGUUGUCAUGUGGAGACUGCAAGAAACGGUUACAGUUGUGCUGCUCGUGUUGUUUUCAUACAACUGUUUCAGAAGCCAGCAACAAAAGGAGUUUUGAUGACCUGAUUCAGGAAUAAAGGUAUUUUAACAGACAGUGGUAGUCAAUAGUACACUGGCAUAUUGUUUAUACAUGAGUCACUUUAUUUUUUUUUUCUUGGAAAAACCAACUUUUGUUCAGUUAUGGUUCUUUGGUUUCUUGCACCUUCUUAAAACUCAAGUAUUUAUUGACAGGGAAGAGCAUGCUGUUUCUGUACAAUUAUGAACAUCCUAUUGAUUUCAGCCCCCUACAUUCUUUCAAUCCAAGAUGUAGGCAGCCUUUCAUGGUGUUGUUCACUUGCAUCUUUCAGUAAAAAAAAAUUAAUAGUUUUUUCAUGUAAAUUCUGUUCCUUGUUCUAGCUUGCAGAC